ACAUAUUUAAAAAAUAUUUUUCAUGCAAUUGACCAUUUCAAAAAAAUAUAGUUUCUAAUUAUUCCUCGACGACCUUCUCCUGAUGAUUAUCGCGCACAUCCCUGAUCCUAGUCCUUCCUUCUCCUCAGGUCAGAAGAUCAUGACACAUUGACACCGACAUCGUGCCGAUCCUCUCAUUUCGCUAUAUCCUCCCGUCGUCCUCUUCCUGUGACUCCUGCGAAAUCCAAAAACAAUGCAGAUUUAGUCUUCCCCAACGAGAUCGCGUCGGCUACCACUUUAUCCAGGAAACAAAAUAAUCGGAAUGAAACACUCUCCCAACGCAUUCUAAACGACGAAAUGAGAAAUCGAGAAAUCUGUUCUGUCAAAGCACAGAAAAAUAUCGUUUCCGCCAGAAGUCGAGGUCAUCCGACGAUCAACAAUAUCGCCGUGAACGAUGAAACUCUAGGCGUGAUUGUGCAACCUUGCAGGAUACACACGGAUACGCAAAAAGACGAUCAAUUAGUGACGUGGAAGCAGCUCAGUCGCAAGAAAAAUAAUCAGCAAUAUAACGAUCCUAUUGUCAGUUAUAAUUUCUCACAGGAGUUUCAGCUGCUCGAUCUCGAUCGACGAUGCGAGCAAGGAAACGAGAUCGAAAAGGAAAAUAGAAUCGAAAAAGAAUUGAUCACGAAGAACGACUUUACACAAAUCAACAACGAAUUAAGAAACAGCAAAGUUGAUAAACUGGAAAGUGACAAGCGCAUAUGGUUAAAUAGCAUUCAGAAUCUGAAUCAGACUUACUUGAUAAAAGAUUCGGAGGAUAUAUACAAUGAACCACCAGAGAUUCUUCAUAAUAAAAGGAAGUCGAUUAAACACAGUCCUCGUAUAGAAUUUUACUUCAAGGACAGAGAAAACGAAAAUGAAAUUAAUAAAAGAAAAUCGGACAGAAAAAUUAUAGCAAGUGACAGAGAGAUAAGAGUUGCAGAGCAAGAAUUAAAAAUGAAUAUUAAAAAUAAAGAAAACACUAAAGCCAAAGUAAUGGAGCAUAGAAUAGUGAAAGUAAAAACAGAUAGCAAAGAUAGUUGGAAAGAGAACAAUAAAGAGUCUGAAGUGAUGGAACGCAAAUUGGAAAAAUUAAAUAUCGAUACUGAAGAUAAAAACAAUCAGAGGCUAAAUGAUGAAGAGGAUAAAAUUGCAGAUUACGAUAGAAAGGAACUAGAAAUAAAUAUCAAAGAUGAAAGAGGUUCACAGAGAAUGGAUGACGUUGCAGAAUUCGAUAAAUUAAGCAUGAAUAGAGAAGAUAAAGAAGAUAAACAGAUAGCGAUGGAUGAUGGAAUUAUUGAAAGUAUUAAAUAUACUGCAAUCGAAAAAAAUGAGCAAAACUUAUCGGAUUUUGACGAAUAUAUUCAACAUUUACAGAAUGCAUCGAAGGAAUACAAGGAAUCUUUCAAAAAAUUAAAGGUGAGUUCCACUGACAAUAAUAAUGAUCUCAUCUCAGAUCUUCUUCAAGAUUUUUUCGAACCUUUUCAUUCAAAACAUGAAGAGCCAACGCUUCGUACCGAUGAUAAAAAUAGUCUAACAUUUUCAAAUAACUUCAUUAAUCAUACGCAAGAUUAUUUCAAUCUUAAAGAUGAAAUAUUACAAUACGAAAGUGAUGCAUGUUGCAAACAGGAAAACGCGGCAGAUUUCAUAUGUAAUAAAUUUGAUACAAAUAAUAUAAUGUCUUUAAAUAGUUGCAGUAAUCGAGCUGAUCCUGAAAAUAAAACGUUACCAUGUCAAAGUAAUGCAAUAUGUUGUAAUUCAUUAGAUCUAACAGAAAAUAUCAAAGCAACAUCACCUUCUCUCCAUCCAGUCUCAUCCAGUCGAGCUAAUAGUCUAGAAAAAUAUUCUACAAAAAAUGCUGAAGAAACAGAAAUAAAUGAAGAAAUACGCAAGAAUGAUUUAAUUAUCUUCUAUAAUAAGGAUGCUGAGAGAAAAAAGGAAUUAAAUACUGAAAUAUCACUUCCACAAAGUUCGGCAAUACUUGCUAAUGAGUCAGAUACAUGUACAGAUAAACAUACCUGUACAAGUUAAAUUCAAUGGACAACACCAAGAAGAAUUCUUCGAUUUCGACAAUUUCGAGAAUAGCGAAGAUUGCUUGAGAAAUCGGAAAACAGAUUUCAAUACGGACAUAGACGGACGUUCGAAUGAUGAAUCAAGUCGCUCGAUUAUUAAAACGGAAGCUAUAACAAGCGAAGGUUUGCGCAAGAAAACCGCAGACAAUGUAGACAACGCAGAAUUUGAUUAUGACAGUGAUUUUAUUGUGUGUGUUGGAGAACAUAACACGCGAGACGCUAAUGAUUUAGUGUCAUCAGUCAUGUUGAAGGACAAGACGCAGUAUCGGCGCGACGGAACCUUCUUAAAAACAAGCGUCAAUUUUUCCAAAGACGACUUGCCCAGAAGAACGCAAGAGCGUCCAGUAAAUUCCAUCGAAAUCAAACACAAAAUCAAAGAGAGCAUGAAUCGUCUUCGCGACAGCACCGAUUCCUUGAUAUCCUCCAUCGAAUUUAUAGACCUCGCGAACAUCAGGCAGCCCAAAACGAAUUAUGCUUAUGAGCAAGAAAGCAUCGAAAUAAUUCGGCCGAGACGGAGCAGAGUGUUCAGAGAUCUGCCUGAUAUAAGGAACGAUUUGGCGGAAACGAGAGAAGAUUCUAAAAGAUCGUACUGGGAGAAAGCUUCGAGGAUCUCAUCAAAUAGAUUCAUCGAUCUGAAUUCCAUUCACACACAUUCAUACAAGUUUGCUAAGAGAAAUCCCAGAGUCCGUAUCCUGCCUCCAGUUCCGAGUCCAUCGUUCGAGCGAAGGUAGAAGUAGAAAGUAGAAAAUAGUAUUAAGAUAGAAAAUAGAAUAUUAAAUAGAGAAAAAUUAUCUUUAUUCAAUUUUUCAUAUCUUGCAAUGUAUAUGCACUGUAGAAUAUAUUAGCAUUUAAUUAAUAUGUUUAGUAAGUAUUUAAUUAGUAUAUAAAAAACUGCAACGUUGAUUUUGUGCAGUUGACUCAGUCAUAUUAUGACAUUAAUGUUUAAACAGUAGAAUUUUGCAGUGUGUAUAAGUUUGUAAAAAUUGCUGUUUAAUUGGUGGUCAAAUUUGUAUAGAAUUGCUGAUUGCACUGUAAAAAAUAAUCGUAUCUAUUUUUCGUUCUUAUUAUCGUAUAUACUUUUACAUAUUUCGGUAGGUCGGUAGUUAUGUAGUUAAUGUCUUAACAAUAUUAUAGGAAAAUUGAACUGGCGACACGUCCUGCCUGGUGCAAUUACGUGCGCAGAAGGCCGGACUUUA